CCACCCUCCCGAAGUUGAAAACUGGCACAGAUUUGUGCCCAGUGGGUUUGGGGAUGUUUCUAGUAGACAGCAGAGCAGAAUUCCUAGGGCUGGGUGUGGGCAUGUACAAGGUCUCAAGGAAAAGACCCAGAGAAAAAUCAGAUUUCAAAGACCUGAGAAAUAUUGGUUCUAUUUGGGCCACCUAUGGCUGUCUGUUUAUACUGUACAGGAGGUCAUCAGCAACGCUUUCAGUUUUGGUUUUACAGGGAAAGUGGUCCUAAAAGAAACAGAACUGUAAGGGGUGGAGAGAGGAGGGACAAUUCCAGAAUUGCUGCUCAGUGGUGUUUGUGUGCCCCCUGCUGGGGGAGCUGAGACAUGCUCAUCUCAGAAGGAUGGGGAUGCUGGGUUCCUGGCAAGAGUUUCACCCAGCGUGGUAGGGACUGGCCCUAUUGUGUGGGAAGGACAGCAGGUGGUGCCAGAGACAGAUGCCAAUCCAUGGACCCUUGAGGGCCGGGAAUAGAUCCUUGGGCGUGCAGGACAAAGGUAGACAGCUGGAUAAAGGCCCAAGUAGGACCCCUGUCUGGGCCACUACUCCCACAUUCAGGAACCAGACCUCAUGGGUGAGGACACACUGUCCCUCCUGCCAAGUUAAUAACUUCCUCCCCUAGCCAGGAUCCUGCCCCAGGCAGGAAUAUAGCUCUGCACCUACAGCAGCUCCUGCUCAGACUCUGCCUGUCAAAACCACCCUGCAGCUAAGGAUCAAGGAGCGUGGGCACCCCUCAGGGACUGCCUCUCUCCCCAGAAUUCCAUAAUGCAGGCCCGGAUGCUUGUAGGUGUGCUGAUCAUGGUGGGCUUCACAGUGGGAAAGGCUCCUGUUCCUGAAGUCCGGACCUGCCACUUCUGCCUCUUAGGAGACCCUUCUGUAGGUUGCAUUUCAGGCUCGGAGAAGUGCACCAUCAGCAGUUCAUCCCCAUGCAUGGUGAUCACCAUCUAUCAUGAUACCAAGGUCCGCUUCUUCAUCCGAGGCUGUGGACAGUACAAUUCUUACCGCUGCCAAGAAAAACGCAAUACCUACUUCCCGGAGUACUGGUACCAGGCCCAAUGUUGCCAGUAUGAUUACUGCAACUCCUGGUCCAGCCCCCAGCUCCAGAGCUCCCUGCCUGAGCCCCCUGACAGGUCCCUGGCCCUACCUCUGUCGGAGUCCCAGAUCCAGCAGUUCUACCAGGCCCUGAACCUCUCGCUGCCCCUGCGCAGCUUCCAUGCUGAGAAGGAACCUGAAGGCCUGGACCCCCUGGCCGCCCUGCCCCUGAACCUGGGCUUGCCUAUUGCUGAGCUGCGCCGCAUAUACUUGUUUCUCAGCAAUUCAGGACUUUUGGUUCUUCCUCAGGCUGGACCCUGACACCUUACCCUUCCCGGAUUCUACUCUGUUCCAGCAUCUCUCCCCUAACACUCAAGCUUCCUACACUGCCCUCUCAGAACACCCACAUUCUCUGGCCUAGAAUUUCUUAGGUCUCCUUUCCAUGGUACUUCCAGUAUCUAUAGGGCUUUGAUUUAAUUUCUUCCCCAGAAACCAGUUGGCACUGCCUCCAGUGCUCUUCUUUCUUCCUCCUAGAAAAGAAUCUCAAGUGCAGAUUCUGCCCAGGCUGACCUGGGAAAGGCAUAGUGGUUUCCUCAUCCCUUUCCCAUCAUCUGAGUGUUCCACACCACCCCCCAACCCCCAUCCUCUUCCCAAACCCCUCUUAUCUGGUCACCUGCUACCUCCAUUCAGAUCUAGCUCCAUAUCCUAUCCUAUGUCUAUCUCUAAGAUCCAUUGCCAGACUGAACUUGCAGCAAAAAGGAUGAGGGGUAGACUUCUACGCAGGUUUCCUAACUUAGCACUCUGAUGUCCCUGCCCUACUAUCUCCACCACCCCCACUCCCACCCUGGUCUCCUGCUGCAUCCUCUCAUCUCUUGUCCCAGUCUCUUGCCUCCUCAGCCCCACUUCACAUCACUGAGGCACUUCCCCACUUCCAUAGGUGCCUGGGGAGAGGAGAGGAGAGGGUCUGUUCUGCUCUGUUCCAUGUCCCUCGGGUUUCCCUCCACAAUAAAUGGACUGGGCUAAGUCUGUGUCACGUUGUUUAUGGGCUCAGACUCAGGUGUGGGCAGGUGUAGGCAGGUUAAAGAAAGUUAAUUAGGUGUGGCGUUCAGAGACCUGCCCAAUCCACUUGGCCUUUGUGAGUUCCUCAUGGCUUGCCCCAAAGGGCUGGCAUCCGUUCCACCAUCUGCUCAGCUAGAGAUCAAGGCAUGGAGAUUGUGACUGCUUCCAGCCUUAAACAUAUCCUACAAAACCUAGAAAGUUAAACCUAGGUGGUGUCAGAUUUUUCUACCUAAGAGAGGAGAGAAAACUCUCUUUAAACUAGGAAGACUCAGGAGCAAACCAGAGGACCCAGGUCUGCAUCUCAGAGCCACGUGAUCCUGAGGGGCUUGGGUUUCUGCCCAUCCUCAGUUAUUUUCAGGAUCCUGGCACCCAGGACCCCCUCCUUCUAUGGGGGCCUAGGUGGUGGGGGAAAUGCAGAGAGUACAGGUGGGGCUGCAGUGGUUGGAUCUUUCAUUUUAAUGUUUUAUGUUUAGGGGCUGGCCCCGUGGCUUAGCGGUUAAGUGCGCGCACUCCGCUACUGGCGGCCCGGGUUCGGAUCCCGGGUGCACACCGACGCACCGCUUCUCCGGCCACGCUGAGGCCGCGUCCCACAUACAGCAACUAGAAGGAUAUGCAACUAUGACAUACAACUAUUUACUGGGGCUUUGGGGGAAAAAAA